AAAUGAAAACAUAAUCCGACGAUAGCCAUAUUCUUGCAGCAGCUUUUAUUUAUAAUAUUUAAUGUUUAAAUUUUGACAGCCCCAAACUUAUGUGUUAACAAAUAUCUGCACACCAACAAUAAACAAAGUCUGUCUUUCUAUGUAUGUGUUGCAUGGACAGUUAUUCUUACUCCACUAUCGUGUAUCAAGUUUAGAAUGCCCAGACAAACAGUCUUUGGUACAGAAUUACAGAUGUUUCAGAUUCAGUGUUGAAAAUGUCAACCAUUCCAUCAGGGGAGAAUGGUGGCAGUUGUUUCUCAACCACUCAACAGAAACAAUCAGUUAAGCAGAUACAACCAGAGCAUGAAACUUGAAAGUUACAAAGGCAAGGUUCAAGUUGUGAAAUUGAUGCAUUUGUUGUAGCAUAAAAAGAUGAAUGGAAUUCCACAAGAGGAUGAGGCGAAAAGGAAAGGAUGUACAACUCAAAGUGAUCAUUGCUCAAACAUGGCUAAGACAGUGUCUAUUGCAGAAGAGGCUGCAUCUGCUAAUCCAACACAAAGGAAGUAACAGUAUAGACAUUUACGACAUCGAUAAUGAUGACUCGCAGAAUUCUGUUGAUUUGCGCCGGAACUAUUGUUAUGAUAUUGUCUCAGUAAAACAAAAUGAUUCACUAAAUGAAAAUCCAGAUUCAACAGAACAUCCUUCAAAGAAGCGCAGACUCUGUGAUAUAGUGAUUGAUGUGUCUAGUCAAACAAGUCCACUGUCUCUGACUGAUGUGAAAGAGAAGUGUAGUGUUUUUUCAGAAGGUGAAUUGAGCCAGGGACAAGACUGUGCUAGUCUUAUUACUACCUCUGAAGACAGGGGAAAUGAUGUAAAAUCAGAAAUAUUGCAUCCCUUGAAAUCCUUGCCUGAUGUGUGUGAUAGAGAUAAUGAUGAGAACAAGCCAGAACCUCCAACAGAGAGACAUGCUGGAGCUGACUUUGUGCAUUGCAAGGACCAAGAACAUCAAGGCCACCUCGGUAACUCACAAAGUAAUAUAAGACUUCAAGUAGAUGUCAGUAACAUAGAUGGAUGUGAAGGUGGUGGCCUAACAAAUCAGACAUCCAAAGUACUAGACGUAAAUAACUGUGAUAAAAUGUAUGCCAACAAGGACAAUUCAGAAACACAGGACAUUUCAAACAAUGUUGAUGUUUAUGAGAUCACAGACUUUGAUGAACACAGCCAGUCACCGACUCCCCUGCACAAGAGGAAGAGGGUACUGCAAGCUAGGAAUGAGGAUGUUCGAAAACCAAACAGCCCCUCCAAAAUGAAAGAUUCUGUCUGUGAUGACAGCAUGGAUUCUGUAACAGUUGGCUCUGUACCAGCGCCCAGGUCAAGUGGGCAGUCAAGAAUAGGCUAUGUUUACAGUGAGACCUUCCUUAACAUCUGUGACAAGAUGCCUAGGGUUGAACAGAGGGCAAGUAUGGUUCACAGGCUGAUAGAAGCUUAUGGCCUUGUCAAGUACAUGAAAGUGAUACCACCAAGGGAGGCAACUGCAUCUGAAUUGCUUCAGUUCCACUCACCAGAAUAUGUCCAGUUUCUGGAAAAGAUCAGUGACCAAGAGGAUGAAGAAAAAUAUGACCAAGAAGCAGAACAGUUUGGGCUCACAUAUGAUUGCCCUGUCCAUGUGGGAGUGUAUGAGUAUGCUGUGCUGGUUGCCGGGGCAACUGUCUGUGCUGCAGAGUUAUUGGUUGAUGGUUCUUGUGAUAUUGCCAUGAAUUGGUGUGGGGGAUGGCAUCAUGCCAAGAGAGACAGUGCCUCAGGUUUCUGCUACAUCAAUGAUAUCGUCCUCGGCAUCCUAAAACUGAGACAGCGCUUUGACCGUGUCCUAUAUGUUGACAUUGACCUUCACCAUGGCGAUGGUGUGGAGGAUGCCUUCUGUACAACCUCCAAGGUCCUCACAGUGUCCUUCCAUAAGUACCUGUCUGGAUUCUUCCCAGGUACGGGUUCUCUCAGCGACGUGGGCAUCGGUAAAGGCAAGUACUACUCUGUCAAUGUUCCCCUGUUGGACGGGAUCAAGGACACAGAAUUCUCGGCACUCUUUAACAGAGUAAUGACCAAAGUGAAGGAGAAGUUCCGGCCUGAGGCUGUUGUGUGUCAGUGUGGGGCAGAUGGGAUUGCUGGAGACCCAAUGGAGUCCUUCAACCUCACACCCCUUGGACUUGGGAGAUGUGUUUAUAUCUUGCAAAGCUGGAAGAUUCCAUUACUGCUACUAGGGGGAGGGGGCUACAACCAUGUGAACACCGCCAAGUGCUGGGCAUUCCUCACCUCCCUGGCAAUUGGGAAGAAACUACCUCAAGACGUCCCUGAUCACAAGUUCUUCAUGAAAUAUGGCCCUGACUAUGAUCUGAGCGUUUCUGCUGGCAACAGGAGAGACAACAACUCCCGUGACUACCUAUCCAAGGUCUACAGGCAGGUCAUGGAGAAUUUGAAUCUCAUCACAAGUUGAUAAACUUGUCCCUGACUGCCUCUUGUCCCUGACUGCCUCUUGUGCCUGAAUGUGGGUAAUGUGACCUCUGCUGAAGGGAGACAACUGCUACUACUCUCUGCCACAUCCCCAGACAUCCUUGCAGCAUCCAUCAUCAACGUAUGUUGCUGGGAUAGUUUCUUCAAUGUGGUGCCGAUGGAUUAACAUAAAUACUUAUCCCAGUGAUGCUAAAAGUAACUGUAUAGAGAAUCUCAGUGUGGAACUGAUAUUAAGUAUAUGUAUACCAAUAAGAUGCUAUCAGUAGUGGCUGGCUGGCUGGCUUGGAGUUACAUAUCAGAGAAGUAACUCAAAGCAAACAUGCCCAAAGCAUCUGAAAGGAAUCAACAUAUACUAUUCACACUUUGCUAAGGAUCAAAUCAUGGAUUCAACAGAAAACUAUGAUGUGGGGUCAAAUUGGAUUU